UAACCAGAGCGUUCCCAGUUAGCAGCCCCAGCUUCACUCCCUCCCUCCCUCGCCCUGCCUCUCCCUCCCCCUCUCUCAGGCCUUAUCUCCCUGCAGUUUGCCAAGGCUGGCUAGGAUCUGUAGGGUGAUCCAGGGAUGGGCAGCGGGCACUGUAUCCCUUGGCUCCUGCGCAUGGCUCUGGAUUCCUUGGCUUGGCUGAUGUAGACGCUGCUCCAUCAUCAUCAUCAGUAUGAACGUUGCGCUUCAGAAUCUCAGCAACAGCAUGUCUGACUAUAAGCGCACUACAUUUCAUGAUGAAGAUGUUCCGGACGCUACAGGGGAGACAGCAUCAACUCCUGAUACAGUGGAGGUUGGUUUUCGGAAGGGGAGAGGGCACUUCCUUGGCUCCCUGGGUAUUAGAUCUCAGCCAGAAGUGUUUCUAGGAGUCCUGAGUGCAGUUCUAGCAUUGCUGCUCCUUGGAAGUCUUAUUGCGUUAGGUGUACAGCAAGCCUCAGACAAGUCACGUUCGCUGUGCCUCUCAGAGGCAUGUGUUUCUGUAGCUGGCCGUAUACUUGAUUCCCUGGAUAAGGAGGUGGACCCAUGUCAAGACUUCUAUCAGUACUCCUGUGGAGGCUGGAUGAAGAGGAACCCACUGCCUGAUGGCCGGUCAAGAUGGAACACAUUCAACAGUAUCUGGGACCAAAACCAGGCUGUGCUGAAACAUAUACUUGAGAAUGCUACAUUUAACUCCAGCAGUGAGGCAGAGAUGAAGACACAACGUUUUUACCUCUCCUGUCUGAAGGAGCAGAAAAUUGAGGAGCUAAGAGAGAAACCCCUCACCGAUCUGAUAAAGAAGGUCGGUGGCUGGAACAUUUCCAGUAAUUGGCGUGGUGAGAACUUUAUGGCUAUGCUGAAGACUGUCUCAGGGACCUACCGGGCAACCCCAUUUUUCAGUGUCUUUGUAAGCGCAGACUCCAAGAGCUCAAACAGCAACAUAAUCCAGGUGGACCAGUCUGGACUUUUUCUUCCAUCAAGAGAUUAUUAUCUAAAUAAGACAGCUAAUGGGAAGGUGUUAGCUGCAUACCAACAAUACAUGGUAGAUGUGGGAACGCUGCUUGGGGGUUCUCCUGGCUCUGUGGAGACGCAGAUGGCACAGAUCCUGGAGCUUGAGACCAUGCUGGCCAAUCUUACGGUUCCACAGGAUGAGCGUCGAGAUGAGGAAAAGAUCUAUAAUCGCAUGACUGUGGCUGACCUGCAGGUUCUGGCACCUGCAUUUGAUUGGAUGGAUUAUUUGCCAUUUGCUCUUUCACCUUUGGAGAUCAAUGACACAGAGCCUGUAGUAGUAUAUGGCAAGGAAUAUCUACAGCAAGUGUCAGAACUUGUGAACAGCACAGACUCCAUUACACUGAACAACUACUUGGUGUGGAACCUGGUCCAGAAAAUGUCUCCAAGUCUUGACUCCCGUUUUGAGAAAGCUCAGGAUAAACUGCUCGAGUCAUUAUAUGGGGCAAAAAAGUCCUGCACUCCUCGCUGGCAGACAUGUUUAUCCAACACAGAUGAUACUCUUGGAUUUGCUCUGGGAUCACUCUUUGUCAAAUCCACGUUUGAUAAGAACAGCAAAAACAUUGCUGAGCUGAUGAUCGCUGAGAUCCGAUCAGCGUUUGAAUACACACUUGGAAGACUGUCAUGGAUGGAUGAGAAGACAAGGAGAGUAGCAAAGGAGAAGGCAGAUGCUAUAUACGACAUGAUUGGAUUUCCUGACUUUAUUCUGGACACUAAGGAACUGGAUGAGGUGUAUGACGGGUUUGAGGUGUCUGAGGAUUCCUUCUUUCAGAACAUGCUGAAUUUCUACAAUUUCUCAGCCAAGCUUAUGGCCGAACAAUUAAGGAAGCCUCCAAACAGAGAACAAUGGAGUAUGACACCUCAGACUGUAAAUGCCUAUUAUUUGCCAAAUAAGAAUGAAAUUGUCUUCCCAGCAGGCAUCCUCCAGGCUCCUUUCUAUGCCCCCACACAUCCAAAGGCUCUAAAUUUCGGGGGUAUUGGGGUGGUGAUGGGACACGAACUGACACAUGCGUUUGAUGAUCAAGGUCGGGAAUAUGAUGAAGAAGGUAACCUGCGUCCAUGGUGGCAAAACUCAUCUUUGGAAGCAUUUAAAAAUCGUACUGAGUGUAUGGUCAGUCAGUAUAAUACUUAUACUGUGAAUGGGGAGAAAGUGAAUGGACGGCAAACGCUUGGUGAGAAUAUAGCCGACAAUGGGGGCCUAAAAGCAGCAUACCAUGCUUACAGAUCUUGGCUACAGAAACAUGGAGAAGAGAAACGUUUGCCAGGUGUAGGACUGACAAACCACCAGCUCUUCUUUGUAGGAUUUUCGCAGGUAUGGUGUUCUGUGCGGACCCCUGAGAGCAGCCAUGAGGGAUUGGUUACAGAUCCCCAUAGUCCAGCCAAAUUUAGAGUUAUUGGGACCCUGUCAAACUCAAAGGACUUUGCUGAACAUUUCAACUGUCCCAAAGGGACCCCGAUGAACCCAGGAAAAUACUGUGAUGUGUGGUGAAAGGCUGUGCCUAUAUGUGUGAAUGCGAGUGCUUAGACAAUUUAUGACGGAUAUGUGGCAUAUGUGAUUGCCAUUUGAGUGUCAUAGCAAAGUAUAUGUUAUUGACAUAUAAGUGUGAUGGUAAAGUCUGUGUGAUUGACAUAUGAGUAUGAUUGCAAAGUCAGUGUUAUUUACAUAUGAAUGUGAUGGUAGUGAGUGGGAAUGACAUUUGAGUGUGGUGGCUAAGAGUAGUGUGACUGAAAUUUGAGUGUGUUGAUAAAUUGAGUGUGUUUGACACAUGAGUCCGAUGAUAAAGCGUGUUUAUGAUAUAUGUGUGUGAUGGUAAAGUGAGUGUAACUGAUAUAUCAGGAUGAUGUGUGACAGUCAGUAUAUGUGCAUAGUAUACUUGUGUUUAUCCUGAGAAAAGUAAAGUAAAUCAGUUUACUCUCUCCAGUCCUAAAGUAACCAUGAAGCAUAAUAAGCAAGAAUUUAGGGCACCUAGGGAAGGGGUCACCACAGAAUAUUUUUCCCUAGAAAAUUGCCACAAUAGUCUCAGCUCAAGCAUAUUAAAAAUGCCAGCAGAACACCUAUGCGACAAGGCUGGCGUGAUGCUUUGCCUCUGCUAAAUACUGUAGCAUAUUUUUCUUUUCUAAAUUAAUUUCGGACUCGAUCAAGAAAUUUGCAAUUGAAAAACCUAGAAGGAAACUUUUUAAUAUUUAAAGAAAUAUAAUGUUAUAAGUAAAUAAUAUAGCUUACUGCUAUUUAGGGUAUAAUAAAUGUAAUAAAAAUAGUUAUACACAGUAGUUGUGGGGGUCUGGUUUGGAGGAAAACUGAACAAGACUCCUGUGUAGCUAGCCAAUGGGAGUUUGGGAGCGGGUUAAAGAGGAAGAAGCUGAGUGCUGUGUGCUGGGGCCAGUGCAGUGGUGGCUGUGAUACACACAAUGGUGCUGCUGAUCCCAGGGACAGCCAGCCAGCAGACGUUUUAUUACACACUUUAAAGGUACGAUAAAGCUGUGUUCCAGGACCAGUGCAGCGGUGGCUGUGAUAAGCACAGUAUUAACCUGCCCACUUCCCUGCUAUAUGUGGUCUGAGCUGCUGCCCACCACUGACUGUAACCUCUCCUUGUCUAUAAGCAAACAUUUGAGGGGGUAUGGGUCAUUUGGUCGCCAAGAGUUAGGUAUACGGUCAUUAGGUAGACCACUAUUGGUCUACAUGCAUUAGGUCGACAGAGUCAUUAGGUCGACAGGGUUAUUAGAUCGACAUGGAAAAAGGUCGACAUGAGUUUUUUUAACUUUUUUUGGUGUAGUUAUCUUCGUAAAGUGAUGGGGAACCCCAUCGCUUCGCUCGUCAUGCUUCGGGCUUAUCGUUCCCAAUUGUAGUAUGAAAAAGGCAAAACAUUUUUUUUUUAAAAACUCAUUGACCUUUUUCCAUGUCGACCUAAUGACCAUGUUAACCUAGUGACCAUGUCCACCUAAUGCAUGUCGACCAAUAGUGGUCAACCUAAUGACUGUCAACCUAAAUCUUGUUGAGCAAAUGACCGUAAGCCCUCUGAGGCUAGGGCAUAUCGUGCUCAUAAGAAAUGAUUUUUUUCAUAGCUAUUUAUCAAUGAGCUAGUGUUGGGACAGCAGCUACGAUAAGGGGCUGUCUCACUGGGGAGCUUCACAGUUAGUUAUUGCUAUCACUUCUCUGAGAUACCUGACAAUAUGCAUGCUCAGUGCAUUUAGAGUAAAUGGCCACAUCAGUGUACAGAGAGGGAUUGGAAGAUGCUUCUUCUACAUUAUUGCCCAAUAGAGACAAAUUGGCUGACACUAUCUUCAGACGGUGUUAGCCAAAUGAACGAAGCGCUGGAAAACGUACGUAUUUUGAAGCUUGAUACAUAGAGUAGACAAACAGUAUUCUCAUUUAUGAGUAAUGGGGACUGUGAUAUGCCACGUUAGAUAGCCUAAUUAAAGCAAUAUCUUUGUUAUCUCCUUACACUCUUGUUAACGCACGAUACCUCGCCCUAAGACCCCUUAGUCUCUUCUGUUAUAGGGAUAUAUCUACAAAGCAGCAACUUUUAUAAUCUGCCACUUCUCAGCAGGUUUCAGGUGAAACUACAAAGCGGCACUCACUUUAAGUAUAAAGUGUGCUGGGCAUUACAUGUAAUGCGAAUGCCGCUGAACCCCUGAGAAACAGUGGCAUAUAAAAGUCCAUAAUGUCAGACUGUCUGAACCUGCCAUAACUCCCAGUGAUGUCCCCUGCCCCUAAACCAGCAUACUGCAAUUAUUGUGCAUUAUUAUAUAAAACAAAAUGACUACUAUGAGGGUAUAUUAGUAGAUAAGUGUAUUAUGCAAAAAAAACCAAUACAGUGGUAGAUACUAAAUGAUUAGCCGUAAGAUUUUUUGACCAAAUCAAGAUUUGCUACAGUUUUUAAAUGGAUGUAUUUUAUAAUAUGUACAUAAUUACAACAUAAAGGAACAACAAAAAUAGAGUGAGUGUUCCUUCCUUACGGUUCUGUCAUUAUGUUUUUCCACUGAGUGAUCCACAAUGACUAGUCUAUUCCAAAUUAGGCUACUGCAUUGGUUUUUUAAAUAUGUAAUACAAAGAGAAAAGGGGCCCUUUUUAAAACGAAUGGGCUUAACAGAAGAAAUAUACAGGUGUAAUGCUACCGUAUAGACAGGGUCAGACUGGCACACAGGGGUACAGGGGAAACCACCAGUGGGCCCACUCCUUCCUCUAGGGAGAAGGUUCCAGACUGUACACUUGUAUUAUACAUGGUAGAUAUGUUGCAUUACACUGCACAAGACUAUUGUGCAUUUCAAGCCUCUGUGGAGGCUGGCCACACCCCCUUUGUAGGCUGGUCAUACCCCUAAGUAUGGGCCCCUAUUACUGCAUUCCCUCGGUGGGCUCUUCAUACCCCAGUCCGACACUGCGUAUAGAUAUCCAUGCAGUGUCAGACCGGGAACAUGAAGGGCCCACCAGAGGAAUGUAGUUGUAGGGGCCCAUGUUUUGAGGUGUAGCUGGUAUCCAGAGGGGGUGUGGCCAGCCACCACAGAGGUUUGGCUAGCCAUUAGAGAGUGCAUGGGCUGGGCCCCUUUAUAAAUAUAUAAAGUAAAUACUGCUAGUACAUGCAUGAUAAUGUACUAAUUAAUAACAGCAAAGCACUGUAGAAAAUACACCAUAGUCCUGUGCAGUAUAAGGUAAUAUGUAUAAUGCAUAACUCAAGUGAACAGUAAGGAACCUGAUCUCUAGGGGAGGUACCAGGAGUUUCCUCUGUACCCCUGUUGGUCAGCCCACCCCUAGCACACCUUUAUUUCUUUAAAGAGCAACAACAAUAUUUUACCAUCAGUGGGGUAUUAGAGAACAGAGGUCAAUAGAGGAGAACAGUAUGUGGUUUAGAAAAAAGUAAUACUUUCAUCUUUUUAGUGAGUCGCCUGUUUGAAAAUCUAAAAGCUACACGGGGCAUGAAUAGAAUUUCAGAACAGGGAUGAUAAGUUUCCUAAUGACAACAUUAUAUAUGAUGAUAUGCAAUCCAGCACACAAUACACAAUACAGUUCAUAUCUGAAGGUAUAUUAUAGUAUUGUAAAGCAUUUGAAACAAGGAAAUUAAAACGUAAGGAUGCUGCUGCUUUAUAAAUGGAUGGCAUGAAGGUGAGGGAGUGGAAGAUGGUAACUGGUUGGCACAACAAUCUAAAAUGACAGUAUUAUAGAUCAGCAUAGAUGGCGAACGUUUACCCUUUGAGAAUAGCCUCUGUUGUUUGCUGCUUUUAUUUAUAUAGGAAAAUGCAUAUUUUAAUUCAGAUUUGUGAGUGAAUGUUAAUUUAAAUUACAGUCCACAUUUUAUUGAUCAAUAAUAAGUACAGAAUUGAAUGCAUGCUGAAAUGCUAAAUGGAUAGUACUGUAUACGUAUGUGCUACUGAACAUGUGAGUUCAAGAGUUUAACUAAAGAAUAGUGUGAUUCCAAUUUAAGAAUAUGCUAAUCAGAAAAUAUAAUUUUACUGAAGCCAAAACAUGGGGCAUGUAACAUGCUCCAUAGAAUGUCUGAGUUAGUGCAUGUAAAUACAUUUGCUAUAGAACAUACAGUACAUACAGAAUGUUCAGCAGAAACUGUCUAUGUAAGAAACUGCUAGGAAAUUGUGUAUGUGCAUUUCAUUAACUGAAAAGAAGAUGCUGCAUGUGUGCAAACUAAUAGGAAAGUGUAUGCAUGCACAGACUGCUAGACAAUUGUGUAUGCAAACUGAUGAGAUGGUGCUCGAUGUGUGCUGUCUGAUGAGAUGGUGCUCGAUGUGUGCUGUCUGAUGAGAUGGUGCUUGAUGUGUGCUGUCUGAUGAGAUGGUGCUCGAUGUGUGCUGUCUGAUAGAUGAUGCUUGAUGUGUGCUGUCUGAUGAGAUGGUGCUUGAUGUGUGCUGUCUGAUGAGAUGGUGCUUGAUGUGUGCUGUCUGAUGAGUUGGUGCUCGAUGUGUGCUGUCUGAUAGAUGAUGCUUGAUGUGUGCUAUCUGAUAAGAUGGUGCUCGAUGUGUGCUGUCUGAUAGAUGGUGCUCGAUGUGUGCUGUCUGAUAAGAAGAUGCUUGAUGUGUGCUGUCUGAUAAGAUGGUGCUUGAUGUGUGCUGUCUGAUGAGAUGGUGCUUGAUGUGUGCUGUCUGAUGAGAUGGUGCUCGAUGUGUGCUGUCUGAUAGAUGAUGCUUGAUGUGUGCUGUCUGAUGAGAUGGUGCUUGAUGUGUGCUGUCUGAUGUAAUGGUGCUUGAUGUGUGCUGUCUGAUUAGUUGGUGCUCGAUGUGUGCUGUCUGAUAGAUGAUGCUUGAUGUGUGCUAUCUGAUAAGAUGGUGCUCGAUGUGUGCUGUCUGAUAGAUGGUGCUCGAUGUGUGCUGUCUGACAAAAUGGUGCUUGAUGUGUGCUGUCUGAUGAGAUGGUGCUUGAUGUGUGCUGUCUGAUGAGAUGGUGCUCGAUGUGUGCUGUCUGAUAGAUGAUGCUUGAUGUGUGCUGUCUGAUGAGAUGGUGCUUGAUGUGUGCUGUCUGAUGAGAUGGUGCUUGAUGUGUGCUGUCUGAUUAGUUGGUGCUCGAUGUGUGCUGUCUGAUAGAUGAUGCUUGAUGUGUGCUAUCUGAUGAGAUGGUGCUUGAUGUGUGCUGUCUGAUGAGAUGGUGCUUGAUGUCUGCUGCCUGAUAAAUGAUACUUGAUGUCUGCUGCCUGAUAGAUGAUACUUGAUGUGUACUGUCUGAUGAGAUGAUACUUGAUGUGUGCUGCCUGAUAGAUGAUACUUGAUGUGUGCUGUCUGAUGAGAUGAUGCUGGAUGUUUGCGGAGUAAUGAAAACAAUUUGCUGCAUGUGUAAACUGAUAAAAAUAUGCUAUGUGUUGAUGAUGUUGAUGCUACCUGUCUGGAGUGUCAGCUUUUUUUCACCACACACCUGACCGUCUGCUGUCAUGGGGGGACCCUAUAUUGGGAGGGGACUAAUUGCCCCAACAAUCCUCCUUUUUUGCACUGUCUGGAACACAUAUCACGCUGGCAUCAUGCUUCUGAGAUUAGAAACUGUUAAACAUCACAUAGAGCUCUGCCAAGUGCACCCAAACACCGUACAAUCACUUUAUGAAAUUCACUAUCUUUCGAUGUUCACAAGUGUGGCAGAAAUGGGGUUUAUGUUGACCAGCAAUGACAGACUUCAACCUCCCAAAGAGACAUUAGGGGAUCUAUACAUAAAACAGGAGACACUAAAGGAAAAAAUAAAUAAACAAACAAACAAACAAACAAAAACCAUGCCUUAAUUGCCAGCACAUACCAACACAAAGAAAUAAGUCAUAAAAGCUAAAACAAAUAGCAACACAGCACCACAAAGUGUGAUCAGGUACACCAUAAGUUUUUAAAGUUUUAGUGAGGUGUAAACUGUUGCACGCUUUGUGUAGGGAGCAUUGGAUUAAGCAAUGCUCCUUUUCCUUCCCAGGUAUCAUACCCAUAACAAGGGAGGGUCACUGCCAGUCUGUGGAAGCAGAAAUAUUAUUACAAUAUGGAAACAUUCACUGAGACACAAGGUCAGACUGGCUGUGAAUUCCUAGAACAUACUUAGGCUACCUGUGGCUAGCCAUCUGCUGUUGAAUUGAAAUAUUCAGUAUACUUCAUCAGUUCACUGUCAGUUGUAAUUCAGCAACUUGAGAAGAAAGGUAGUGUAAGUGUGUUCUAGGAAAAGAACAGCAGUAGGUACAAGCCAAUUAAUGGAAGGGAAUGGCUAUGUUCUGUUAUAUUGGUAGACCUGUUGUCCAUUCCCUCCACACCUACCUCACACUGUGACAUCUGCUGCUUCUCACAUCCUUCCACACAAGCUGUGUGCUGAUAUAAUGGACAGAAGGAACUUACUCAGGAGGCAGCCUUCCUAUAGUGACCUGCUGAGAAAGUUUGUGAUCUAUUUUAGCCAAAUACAUUCAAACUAUUGAAGGCUUCACAUAUGUGACAUGUAAGUCUGCCCUUAACCAUCUAUGCUCAGCCUGUCAUGCAAUCCAUUGUGCUAUUUGUAGUCCUUGUGUAUUAGGUAGCAUUAGCUCCAUUCUUUAAAACAUGAGGCUUAAAAUAGGUCUCAUUGGAGCACACAGGUUAUAGUACUCAAUCGUCUUAGUACAAUACAGGGAGCCCUGUGUGUGAACUACCACUUGGCUGUGCCCAGUCUCACAUUAGUCUACUUAAUUUCAGGCACUAAGAAAUUUUACAGAACAUGCAUAUAGUUUGCCCAAGUGGGUAGAUGAGAACUGCACAAUUCCUCAUUAUAUGAUGUUACUGUUACCGAAUGCUUGUGGCUUUUCCAUUACUGUGUAUUUGUGAAAAUAUUUUAUUUUUUCAUGUUUAUUAAACCCAGCAGAAUCUG